AUGGAUGUUAAUAAUGUGGAUUUUGCUAAUAUAAUCCGAGAAGAGGCGGUGCUGUUCCUCCUUGACCUCCCUAAAGGUGAAGAGGUCACCAUCCUGGCCCAGAAGAAGAAGGAUGUGUACCGGCGGAUCGUGGAGUCUGAUGUGGGCGACUCGUUCUACAUCCGGACCCACUUUGAGUAUGAGAAGGAGUCUCCGUACGGCCUGAGCUUCAACAAGGGAGAGGUGUUCAGAGUGGUGGACACCCUGUACAACGGCAAGCUGGGAUCCUGGCUGGCCAUCCGCAUCGGGAAGAACCACCAGGAAGUGGAGAGAGGCAUCAUACCUAACAAGAACAGAGCGGAGCAGCUGUCCAGCGUGCAGUACAGCCUCCCCAAGACAGCUGGGGGCGACAGGGCAGACUUCUGGAGGUUCAGGGGCCUGAGGAGCUCCAAGAGGAACCUGAGGAAGAGCAGAGAGGACCUGUCGGCCCAGCCCGUCCAGUCCAAGUUCCCCGCAUACGAGAGGGUGGUGCUUAGAGAAGCUGGUUUCCUGAGGCCUGUGGUGAUAUUUGGACCCAUCGCAGACGUGGCACGAGAGAAACUCUCCCGAGAGGAGCCCGAUCUGUUUGAGCUCGCAAAGAGUGAACCGAGAGACGCAGGGAAAGACCAGCGUAGUUCUGGAAUCAUCCGUCUCCACACCAUCAAACAGAUCAUCGACAGAGACAAACAUGCAGUGCUGGACAUCACCCCCAACGCAGUAGACCGUCUGAACUACGCCCAGUGGUACCCCAUCGUAGUGUUCUUGAACCCAGACAACAAGCAGGGGGUCAAGAACAUGAGAACCAGGCUCUGUUCCGAGUCCAGGAAGUCCGCCCGGAAACUCUACGAGAGAGCCCUGAAAUUAAGGAAGAACAACCACCAUCUCUUCACCACCACCAUCAACAUGAACAACAUGAACGAUGGCUGGUACGGAGCUCUGAAGGAGACUAUCCAGCAGCAACAGAACCAGUUGGUCUGGGUGUCAGAGGGCAAGGCGGACGGCGCGCCGGACGAUGACCUGGACAUCCACGAUGACCGUCUGUCAUACCUGUCAGCUCCGGGCAGUGAAUACUCCAUGUACAGCACGGACAGCCGCCACACCUCUGAUUACGAGGACACGGACACAGAGGGCGGGGCCUACACCGACCAGGAAUUAGACGAGACUCUCAAUGACGAGGUUGGGCUUCCCACAGAGCCAGCUAUCACCCGCUCCUCAGAGCCGGUCAGAGAGGACCCGCCCGUCAUCCAGGACCCCUCGUCUGGCGGUUACCCUGGAUACCAGCACAUUGCUGUGACUCCGCCCGACCCGGCCAACCGCAUCGACCCGUCCGGGUUCAAGCUGGCCGCCGCUCCUCAUCAGCAAGACGAUGCUGCUCUGGUUAGUCCUUCCUCUCUGCUGCCUGCUGCGGUGGCUGUGGCGCCCCCUGUUGUUGAGGCUGAGUCACAGCAACCUGCACUGCAGGUAGAGGGUAUGACCUCUGAACCCGAGGAGGAGGCUCCGGCUGCAGACUCACUCCUUAGCAGCCCCGCCCCUACUGAGCUAGCCCCGCCCCCAACACCACCAUCACUCGAACCCCAACCCCUGUCUGACCCGCAGCUCGGCCCUGGUCCUGAACCCAAGAUGUACAAGAAGGAUCUGUACAGUCUGGAGGAACCAGUGAGAGUGAACCACGGCGGCAUGAAGUCGUCUCUGAGCUACACCCACCAGCCCUACCAGGACAAACAGCCACACCACCAGUACGACCACCCGCCUUACGGCUACUGUAGCGACGGGGGGGGCUACGCCGAACCAAAGCAACCUCACCAGGGGAACUUUGACCCUCACACUCCUCACCUGCACUACGACAACCGUGUGCCUCAACACUACGGCGACGGCCAGUGGCCCCCCUACGACCAGCAGACCUCUUCUCCCCAGCCCCCGGGGUACCAGCCUGGCCCGGGCCACCAGCAGACCUCUUCUCCCCAGCCCCCGGGGUACCAGCCUGGCCCGGGCCACCAGCAGGGUUACACCCCGAGGAGGACCACCCCCUACGAGGACGGCCCAGUCAGGGACUACAGCCCCCCCCAGCCCUGCUACGAUGAGGCACCGGCGGGGAUGCAGGGCUACGACGGCAGGCCUCGUCACGGUAAAACCCCGGGGCCUAUGCGGUACGAUGAACCGCCUCCCUCGGCUGACCCUUACGACGCUCGCUCCCCUUACGAGUCCGAGCCCCCUCACUGCUACCCAGUAAGCUCUCCCCGCUCCCCAGACCCCCCCAAGCAGUAUUACGGAGACUCUGCUCCUGGCCUGAGACCCUCCUAUAACCCAGGACCUCCCAGCCGGGGCGGUGGCUACAACCGUGAACCUCUAAUGACCUCUGACCCACCCCUGCCCCCUCCCAAACCUGAACCCCUGGCCUCCCCAGGAGAGAUGGGAGUAAACGCGGGGUCCAAGCCUCCGAGGCAGGAGGAAAGGGACGACCCGGCCAUGAAGCCACAAUCGGUGCUCAACAGGGUCAAGAUGUUUGAGAAUAAAAGGUCGUUGUCUGUUGACCGGGCCAAGGAGACUGACGACUCUACCGUGACGAGGCCUGCAGACCUGCCCAGACCUGUGACUGCACCUGGGCCUGUCCCCAAAGCCAACUCCCUCAGCAACCUGGAGCAGGGGAAGGCUACUUACAGAGCCCCGGAGCCCCAGAAGCCCCCUGGGUCUAAACCCCUGUAUGACGUGGUCCACUCCUCCAACCACUACGAUGCUGACGAGGAUGAGGAGUACUACAGGAAACAGCUGUCCUACUUUGACCGACGCAGCUUCGACAGCAAGGCCAUGAACCCCAGCCCUGGCGUCAACCGCUUCCCACCACAGACCCAGCUGGCUUACCCUUACAACAGGGCGGAGUCUGUGGAGAAGGUGAGUCCGGUAGAGAAGAGGUACGAGCCCCUCCCCCAGAUCAGCCCUGUGUCUCAGUACGGACCACCCAGCCCUGCUGUACCACCCAACAGCCUGCCCAAACUCAUCACCAACGACGUGAACUCUCACCCCGACCAGCUCCUCAGCUCCUCUCCAAAACUUGACCUCUCUGGUCUCCGCCCCCCUGUCCUCCAGGACCCCCCUUCCCAGCCCUACCUGGCCCAGAGGUCCCCAGUGGGGGUCAACGGCACUGACGCACCCCCCAAAACCCCUGGAACCACCCCCACCCCACAAAGCUACAACCGAUACGUCCCUAAGCCGUACACCUCCUCGGCCCGACCCUUUGAGAGGAAGUUUGAAAGCCCCAAGUUCAACCACAACCUCCUCCCCAACGACAGUGGGAAGACAGACCUCCUGAUCAGUAGCAGCAACCCCAAACCCAGUGUGGUCAACAACAACAGCAGAACCAAGCCGCCGCUGUCUCCUCAGCCCCUGGACCACGACAGUGGACUGGAUACGUUCACACGCACCAUGGACAACAGGGGGCCCAAGUACCAGCAGCACAACAACUUAGUCAACAAUGCUGUGUCCAAGGCCAUACCUGUCAGCCCCAGUGCUCUGGAGGAUGACGAGGAGGAUGAAGGACACACGGUGGUGGCCACGGCCCGGGGGGUCUUCAACUGUAACGGCGGGGUGCUGAGCUCCAUCGAGACGGGAGUCAGCAUCAUCAUCCCUCAGGGAGCCAUCCCCGACAGCAUAGAACAGGAGAUCUAUUUCAAGGUCUGCCGGGACAACAGCAUCCUGCCCCCCCUGGACAAGGAGAAAGGAGAGACCCUGCUGAGCCCUCUGGUGAUGUGUGGGCCUCACGGUCUUAAGUUCCUGAAGCCGGUGGAGCUGCGUCUACCUCACUGUGCGUCUAUGACCCCCGAUGGUUGGUCUUUUGCUCUAAAAUCCUCCGACUCCUCGUCGGGUGACCCCAAGACAUGGCAGAACAAGUCUCUUCCAGGAGACCCCAACUACCUGGCAGGAGCCAACUGUGUGUCUGUGCUCAUUGACCACUUCUGAACAUAGAGGGAGACAGCUGGCCUGUUACUGAAUGUGUUAGAUCAGGGGGACAGCCACAGACUUAAACGUUACCCCACUCUCCUGCUGCUGUGACCCCUUUGCCCUGUUGUCUCCCUCCCAGGCAGCAGGAGGCAGCACUGCUGGACUUGAUGAAGUACGAACUUGAUUCUUGAAUAUAUUCUUAUGUUCUUGAACUUGAUUAUUGAACAUUAAGUUGUUUAUGGUGAACGACCCUGAAAAAGUAGGAGUCCCAGUGAAGUGGGAGGAGUCUCAACACAGCAUCCUAUCCCAGUGCUGUGCUCUCUUUUUCCCACCCACCCUUUUUUUCUUUUGGUGCUUUAACUAAAGGCUUGCAAAAAAUCUAAAACUGUUAAAAACGAAAAUAUAUAAUAAAAAUGGAACUGUUGUUGGAAUGCAUGACCAGUGCCACAGACUGACUGAAUAAUAAAUCUAAUUAAGAUUUUUUUCAAAAUUUUUAGCAAGUUGCAAGACAGAGGAACAUUACAAAAAAAUCAAGAUGAGGAUAAUUUUUUUAAUUAAUUGAAUAUUGCAAUGGAAAUUUUACAACUUACUGUAUGCACUCACAAACAGAAAAGUUGGUAUAUGCAAAAGCUUUUUUGUUUGUGAGGUCGAUUGUGGUCAUACGUUUUGCUCUUAAAGGAUAUCUGAGGACUUUGGAAAUGCAGCUGAGCCUGACUCAAGGGUUAUGAAGGAACCUUGAUACUGUAGGCAUAUCGUUUAUGAAGAUAAUAUUUCAAAACACAAUACCUUUUUGAAGGUAAUACUGAAGACUGAAGGUAAUGUAUUGGCAUUGGGAUGUCCCCGUUUGAUUGGUCUAUUGGCAUUAGGAUGUCCCCGUUUGAUUAGUCUAUUGGCAUUGGGAUGUCCCCGUUUGAUUGGUCUAUUGGCAUUGGGAUGUCCCCGUUUGAUUGGUCUAUUGGCAUUGGGAUGUCCCCGUUUGAUUGGUCUAUUGGCAUUGGGAUGUCCCCGUUUGAUUGGUCUAUUGGCAUUGGGAUGUCCCCGUUUGAUUGGUCUAUUGGCAUUGGGAUGUCCCCGUUUGAUUGGUCUAUUGGCAUUGGGA